UAGUCAUGUUACAGAGAAUAGCCAACCGACGCGUAUUUUGUACUGAAUAUAUUUUGAUAUGCAUUUAAUUUAAGAUAAUGUUUAUUUUGAUAACCUUAUUUAGUUUUAGAAUGUUAUUUAGGAAGUGAAUUUACAGUGUGUGUGGUGUGCGUGUUUUAGAAUGCGUCACUCCUGGCCACAACUGCCACCGCUGCUGCUGCUGCUGUCACUGGUGUGUGCGGAGCUGCAGUGCGGCGCGCGGCUCGCCCGCCUGUGCCGCGGGGCAGUGCACGUCGCCUGCCAGUUUACUGAGCCAGGUCCGGGAGAGGCUUGCGAGAACUACACGGAAGUCAAGUUCAACGACGAACUGAAACAUUUUAUGAUUCACUACAUCAACAGACGACGGCAAAAGGUAGCAAGCGGACAUGAAAGAGUUAGAGGUGGAGCCAAACUACCAAAACCAGAACUUAUGAUGUUUGUGGAAUGGGAUCGAGAGCUCGCCAUGCUAGCUCAAAGGCUCGCUGACCAGUGCCUGUUCACCCACGAUGAGUGCAGGGCGACAGUCCGCUACCCCUACGCGGGGCAAGCGGUAGGCGAGGUGCGGUGGCGCAAGACCUCCGACUCACCCUCCCUGAUGGCCAUGAAGGCCAUACGGCGCGUGCUGGACGCGUGGUGGGGCGAGCGCCGCCGCGCCGCGCCGCGACAGCUGACGCAGCCGUUUCACCUCGGCAGGGAGUCUUCUGGCUGGGGCCACUUCAGCCAGCUCGCAGUCUGGUCGCUCCGAGCCGUGGGCUGCGGCGCAGUCAUCCACGGCACGGAGCCACAGAAGCUGCUGCUAGUCUGUGACUUCUCCCACACCAACAUGCUGGGACAGCGCACCCUCAAGGCUGGUCCACUCGCGCCCUGCCCGUUUAAUACUGUGAGGAAACGACACUCGCCGUACUAUUUGUUGUGUGCUCCGAUCCGGUCAGCUACAAAAUUAUUGGAAGAUGGUGAGACGAAUGAAGAUGAAGAAGAAAUUCGAGUUCCACCGGCAGAGCAUCGAGGGUUCCACGCGGACGAUACGGCAGACUACGUUGAUACGGUCACAGACCUACACAUAACUAACAAAACAUUCAGUCAUCGAAACAAAGAUAGACCUAAGAUUGGAGAUAAGGAAGAUAAAGAUCAAAACGAUAAAAGCGAAGCGAAAGUAUACAAUUAUUUGUAUGAAUUAACAAAAGACAUCGAAAAUAAUGAUAAGCAACCCAUCACAUAUACAACAACGCCAAUAGUAACCGAUUACGAUAGUGAAAAACCUAAUCAAGAUCGUAACACAGAAGAAGACAUCGAAAAAAAUACAACUGAAGUCAAACCCGAAAAAACAGAUAGAAGUCCUCUUGAUGAUGAUAGGUUCUUAGUAGAUGCGGGAAAGGGAGAGGUAGACGAAGACAAAAUAGAUGUUGAUGAUGACUUAUCCGUGAAAGAAAAGGAUGACUCUGUUAUGUAUGGCACCGACUCUAGAAGGAUGGUGUUUAUCAAUACAACACCUGCGAAAGAUGGAAAGUUAAAUGAAGCUACUUUUCCAAAUUUUGAAAGGCUACCGAACCCGAGUACUGUGGGAAGGCGGAGUAACUUGGAGCCACACCAACAACACAGUCAGAAUAACCCGCUCAUGGUCGCCAAACAUAAUCUCAAUGAGUUUACUUUCGAGGCGCGGAGACUAACGUACGAAGACCCGCGUCCCCACAAGGAGAAGAUGAAGCGGAGGAACUGGCACCAGACGAGGCACAGGCCCGACAGACCAGGCGCAAAAGCUUUGUUAAGCUCAACUUUGCCCGCGAAUCUACAGACACGCAGCACUACUAGGGUGACCCUCAUGAUGGACAAGGAAGAUGAAGAGCAACUGUACAAAGACACGGGAUUCAGUAUUAAAUGGAAUAGUUAGAAGUACAAGAAAUAAAUAAAAAUAUAC